AUGUCACAUGGAAACGAAGAAAAUUUCCUCAAGUUUACUUUAAAGAUUUGGAAACGAUUUAUUACAACAAACACUCAAAUUCAACACUUUUUUCUCCACUCUUCAAAUGUCACCGACAAUUCAUCUGAAACGACAAUACUUGGAUUCGAAGGUGAAACUUGUUCUUCACUAGGAAACAAAAAAUAA